AUGGGUAUUCCGAUGUGGCGCGAGCCUACCGAGGCCGAUGCACUCAAGUCUGCGCUGGACAAAGACCCUACUGCUGCAGCGAGAUCCUCGAUUCGCCGUGCAAAUGCGACCCGACACCCGUCAUCGCACUCUACCUCCCGCGCACGCCGACUGAUGUCCACAUUCCAUUCCCAGAUGCUUGAAGAGAUUCAGCGCGGCGUGGGUGACCCUCAGCUCGGUCUUCGAUCACCUGUGCUGAACCUGGGUGUUAGUGAGGAUGGCUUAGAUCUGGAUGCCAGUCGGCGCGAAGCUUUGAGCCGUGGUGCCACGCGUUCGGAGUCGCACCGCCGCAGCGAGCAUGCCAGUCAACGUUCUCGCAGCGCUCGGGAAUUUCAAGAAUACCUAGCUGCUCGAGCUGAUGCUCAGUCGCGCAAUUCGAACCGUCCUCAUUUGACCCCGGGCUUUGCUCCUGCAAGCCGGCCUCACUACAAUGGCGUGCGCUCCACUACACUGCGAGACUAUCGUACUGGCAAUGUGCCCCGUCGGGUGCCCCGUGAUUCUAUGCCCCCUGCUGACUCUACUGUCGAUGGCCUGGGAGACCGCCAGCGGAGUCUGAGCCCUGAUGUGGAGCGCGAAAACGAUGCAUGGGAAACUUUACUGUCGACCAUCACUCCGGAUGCAAACCCGCCCUCCACCGACACGUCCUUUUCGUCAUUGGUAGCGGCUGAGACUAGACGCAACGCGUCUGCGCUGGCUUCGUCUCUGCUCCCACCCAGCUCGGGUCCUUCGCGCGCCGUCCACCUGGCGCUAGAUCCGUACCCCAGCACCCUUCACCCUUGUGACUUUUCUUCUUCCGAUGACGACGAGGAUGAUACUCCUGUCAGCUAUCAUCGCUACGUGGGUUCCGCGGGUAUCCAGAGCUCGGCGCGUCGCUCCCCCGGCUUGUAUUCAACCAUGAGCAGCCACCCUCCUAUUCCUACAAUCUCCUUUUCUUUCUCCGACUCGGGCGACACGGAUCUUCAGCAAAUGCGGGCCAUUCUGGACCGACUGGCCCGUCGAGAGGAUAUCCCGGAUGAUUGGUGGGCUGGGGCUGGUCUCUCGCGCAACAUUGCUCGCGGCCUCCAUGCUAGUGGCGAACGCAAUGAAACCGAGGGAACCGAGUGA